AAUUCCUUAUCCAGAUGUACAUCUGGAUAAGACCACGUGACCGAUACCCUAGCCGAAAAUAUUUUAUUUUGGAGCUCCAAGGCAACAUACCCUCCUUAACUUAUGCUAAAAUUGCUCAAAUAUGAUUGGACAGUUAGAAAAUUAUACUUAUUUGAUUAAUUUAUGCGCUUCUUUCGUAUAAAUAUCCCAGACAACGUGGGCCUGUAACCGCCAUCUUGACUGAUCUUGUUGCGUAUGUCGUGAAUGAGGCGUGUUUUUCAAAAUUGAUUUUAAAAUGGAUAAUGAGAACGGACUUGACUCAGAAGAUGAAUUUGAGAUCGACUGUGCCUUAUUAAGUGGUAGAGAGGUAGAAAUUCGGUUUGUAGCACCGCUGACGGAAAGAGUGGACGAACCAAGACGAAGGAAGCCCCGCAGGAAGCGACAAAGAGAAGAAAAUCCUGAAACUUCGAAUGAGAGUGGAUCGCAGAGUCUGGCUGGUUCAGGACAUCCAGUUGAGUUGGACGAUGAGUUGGACGGAGCUGUAGUAGUCGAUGAGAUCCAUGACGAGUCAGAAGUUAGUGAAGAGGAGUAUCAGGAUAGUGAUUGUAGUUUGGCAGAGUCUCUAGGCUACACAGGUGAUAGGGAACAGAAAUGGCUUCCACCACAUAAUGUAAGCAGUGUUGGCCCAAAAGUAGUUUGGGCGAGAGGCAGUGCCCCAUGUAGAGCCUUAGACUUUUUCUUGCUUUUUUUUUCUUUUUCUUGCUUUUUUUUUCUUUUGAUCUGAUGGGAACCAUAAUUGAAAACCCAAACAUUUAUGCUGUGUAUGGUCAAGGAAUAGGUCAAAGCUACAUGUCCCAGGACCAUGGUUGCCAUGUGUGGAGACCCAUUGAUUUGAUGGAAUUUAGGAGAUUUCUUGCCUGUCUAUUUUAUAUGGGUAUUGUUAAGGCCCCUGCUAGGCGUAACUACUGGCAGAAUGAUAAGCUUUUUUCUGGUCUUCUUGGGUCAAUGUUUAUUCCAACAUUUUCUAGGUAUUGUGGAAUACUUGCUGCCCUUCAUUGUGUAAACCCUGAGACAGAGGACAAAAGUGAUCCAUUAGGAAAAAUAAGGAAUUUCUAUGACCAUAUGCGAAGUCGCUGUAAGGAACUUUUUACUCCUGGUAAAUGUGUGUCAAUAGAUGAACGUAUGGUUAAGUCUAAGGGUAGGUUCUUCUUCAAACAAUAUAUAAUGAAUAAGCCCACUAAAUGGGGUUUCAAACUUUGGGUUCUAGCUGAUUCUGCUACAGGCUACAAUUGGGAUAUGGUGGUUUACACUGGUAAAAGCAGAAAGGAUGAUUGGGAUGAUUUCAGUGUUGUUGAUAAUAGUUUUGAAGGGAUAGAAAGAGGACUUGGUAGAGCUAAGGCUUUUAAUGAAAACCCCAAUCCAGAAAAUGCAGGAAAUCUCAUCAACCAAUUAGCUGCCAGAGUUGUUAUUAAUUUAACAAAACCUCUGGUAAACAGGGGGUAUGUUCUUUUUGCUGAUAACUUUUAUUGCAGUGUCCCAUUGUUCCAAUAUUUGACUUCGGUUGGUAUAAAUGCUGUUGGUACUGUAAGGGAAAAUUCCUCCUCUUUUCCUGAGGUAAUGAAAAAUAGGCAGUCUUGGGGGAAGAAACUUGAUCGAGGAACAAUAAGGUAUAUUAGAAAUGGGGAAAAGCCGAAUGAUGUGUUGCUUGUACAGUUGGUUGAUAGGAAUGUUGUCUCUGUUCUCUCCACCUACCAUUCUGCCAAUGAUUAUGAUUAUUGUACAAGGAAUACAAAGGUUGAUGGAAUUCAUAAAAAGGUUAAGGUUUUGAGGCCUAAAUGCAUUUCAGAUUAUAAUAAAGAUAUGAAUGGUGUAGAUUUAUCUGAUCAGAUGUACCAUAUGUAUUCUGUUCAAUAUAGGACUAAAAAGUUUUGGAAAACAUUAUUCUUUCAUUUUAUUGAUAUUUGUUCUUGGGAUGCAUAUGUGUUUUGGAGAGAGCUUAGAAACCCAACCCCUGAGCAGAAAAUGCCUAAGAACUAUUCUUUUCUUGAUUUUAAAAAGGAUUUAGCCCUUCAGCUUGCUUUUGUUGAGCAGAAAGCCAUUAGAGCAGAACCAGAGGUCAGAUCAUUUGCAGAUUUAGGUACUAAAGCUAGUAAUGUAGAGGACUUCAUCUGUAAGGCAACAGCUCAUGCAGUAAAUAGUGCAAAGCAAAGAUCAGCAACUUUGAAGAAGGCAGUUAGUAAAAAGGAAUUGUGGCAGAAUAGAUUAGAGAAAGGGCAUUUGCCGGUGAAGCUUGAGAAACACCAAGUUUGCAAAGUUUGCUCAGUUAUGAAGUCAGUGCAUAGCAUAGAUCAAAGUUAUAGAGCAAAAACCUCAUCAUUUUGCUGUGUUGUAUGUGAUAUCCCUUUGUGUAUUGGAGAAAGAAACUGCUUCUUGCUUUUCCAUUCCCCAGAGUUUGAGCAGUACAAGGAAGCUUUCCUAAGUUACAGUCGUGAUCGCUAGAUUAGUUGUUGUUUUUGGUAAAUUCGUGUAGAUUAGAUAGAGAAAAAGCAAAAAAAAGUAAAAAAUAAAAAAGCAUAAAAAGUAAAAAAGAACAUUUGGUCAAAAUUACAAUCUUUUCUCUCCAAGAUUUUGUGUUUUUUACUUGUUUUCUUUCUCUUAAAAGUCGAAAUCGAAAUUGCACUUGCCAAAUUGAAUUGAAUUGUUUUAGACCCAUUGUUGCAUAUUAAUUAAUUAAAAAAAGACUGUUCAAGAAAAAUGAUUGAUAUUUCAACUCAGUGUGCUAAGACUAUGACAAAAUACAUUAUUGAAAGAAAAAAGUAGUUAAGUGUUUUAUUAUUGAAGAUAAUUGACCUUAAUUAAUAAAGUUAUUUUCUGUUAUAUUCAAUUAUGCAAAUUGGAUGCUAAUUAAUGUCCAAUUAUAAUAUAAUUUUGGCAUAAUAAGAUCAUUUGCAUAAAAUACAGCUAUUGAUGAUUACUUGGGCAAAAGAUCAUCCAGUUAUCUUGAAAAAUCAAUUUUUGCUGAAUUUUUAGAUAAAGUAGGCAAAAAUCCUAAAAUUCUGUCAAUAACGAAAGGGUUAAUAU